ACCAACUCUCACUCCACGUUAAUCAAAUACCACACAACAACCAAAAAAAAUGGCCUCCAACUCGAACCGCCUCCCCAGCGCCACCAGCGGCGGCGCCUCCGCGGAGCCCACGCCCGCCAACAACGCCGGCGGCGGCAGCGGCUGGGGCGACGCAGGCCACCCCAAGGGCGGCAUGGACGGUGUUUCGAGCGACGUCCUCACAGCCCCCGAAUUCCGCUCAAUCUCAGACCAGAAGUCGGCCGCGGAGCGGAAGUUCAUGGGUCGGUUCAACGAGGGCCAUGAUGUGCGCGAUGGCACCUGCGCUACCGAGGACCACAGCUUUAUGGAGCGGAAGCCCGGUGGUAGUGGUGCUUUGCCGGGCUGGGAGACGAUGAAGGAUAAGUUGGGGUUGUAAGUCCCAACCCCCUUUUUCUUUGGUUUGGUUGCUUUGCAGUGGAGGGGAGGUGGGAUGGAUUAGCUGGUGAGGACUAGCUGAUGGGCUUUAGUCUCUAUCCUGAGUGAUUAAUCCCUUCGGGAUUAGAUCUGGGGAUUUGCGGGGGUGGAUGCAUUAUUUUCUUUUGUUUGUGCUCGGUUAGGUUAUGGGGUUAUGUGUUAUGAUCGGUCAUGCUUGUAUUAUAGUUCUUGUUUAUGGGAUUUGAUUUUAUGGUUCUAUUGAUCUGGUUCUGGGUUGGGUUGGUGUUGAGGUUUGAUAUGUUCGGUUUGAAGGCAAAACAAGAUUAAAUACAAUGAGCCUAAGUAACUACUCCGUCUUGGU